UAUCUAUGAAAAAAAAUAAAAGUCUAUGAUUCAUUGAAAAUUAUAGACGAGAGGAAGGAGAGAAAUGGAAAAAAUCCUUUUAAAUGUGUUCUAGUACAUUAAAGUUUAUGUGAAUAAUUCUACAGUAAAUCAUUUAACUAUCCAUGUAAAUGAGAGCAACAAUGAAAUAUUCCUGUAACUGCAAAUGAACAGUGAAGAAAGUUUGUUAUCUAUUUAGUGUUUUGUUGGUGUCAAUUUUUAGCCGCAAAAAUGAAGAGUGCGUUGCCGAAGGAUAAACCAGGCAAAAUGCGAAUCAGAGCUUUUCCCAUGACUAUGGAUGAAAAGUAUGUGGAGAGUAUAUGGAGCUUACUAAAAAAUGCAAUACAAGAAAUUCAAAAGAAAAACAACUCUGGUUUAUCUUUUGAAGAGCUCUACCGUAAUGCUUAUACUAUGGUUCUACACAAACAUGGGGAAAGGCUCUAUACUGGAUUAAAAGAAGUAGUAACAAACCAUCUUGAAACUAAGGUCAGGAAAGAUGUGAUCCAUUCUUUAAACAACAGCUUUCUUCAAACACUGAACAAUGCCUGGACUGACCACCAAACUAGCAUGGUCAUGAUUCGUGAUAUCCUUAUGUAUAUGGACAGGGUAUAUGUACAGCAAAAUGAAGUGGACAAUGUAUACAAUCUAGGACUAAUCAUUUUUAGAGAUCAGGUUGUCCGUUAUGGGUCUAUUCGUGACCACUUACGACAAACUCUCUUGGAGAUGGUGGCGCGCGAGCGUCGUGGGGAAGUGGUAGACCGAUUGGCGAUCCGUAACGCCUGCCAGAUGCUUAUGGUCCUUGGAAUUAACUCCCGGGCAGUGUAUGAAGAAGAUUUUGAAACACCAUUUCUACACCAAUCUGCCGAAUUUUAUAGGAUGGAAUCUCAAAAGUUCUUGGCAGAAAACAGUGCUGCAGUAUACAUCGCACGCGUAGAGGCCCGUAUUAGUGAGGAGGCGGAGCGUGCCCGCCAUUACUUGGACGAAACUACUGAGCCGCGCGUCGUUGCAGUGCUUGAACACGAGCUCAUCGAGCAGCACAUGAAGACAAUCGUUGAGAUGGAGAAUUCUGGUGUAGUUCACAUGCUGAUGCACACCCGCACCGGCGAGCUGGCGUGCGUGUACAAGCUGCUGUCGCGCGUGCCCGACGGACUGCGCACCGUCGCCGACGCGGUGUCCGCGCACCUGCGCGAGCAGGGCCGCGCCCUCGUCACCGACAACCACAACAACACCAACGCCAUCACCUUCGUGCAGAACCUACUUGAUCUCAAAGCAAGAUUUGAUCACUUUUUACAGAAUUCAUUCAAUAAUGAUAAAAUAUUUAAGCAUAUGAUUGCCUCUGACUUCGAAUAUUUUCUCAAUUUAAAUAAUAAAUCCCCUGAGUUCUUGUCAUUAUUCAUCGAUGGCAAACUGAAGAAAGGAGAAAAGGGCAUGAGUGAACAAGAAAUUGAAGCAGUUUUAGACAAAACUAUGGUGCUGUUCCGUUUUCUUCAAGAGAAAGAUGUAUUUGAAAGAUAUUACAAACAACACUUAGCCAAGCGUCUCUUGCUCAAUAAAUCUGUGUCUGAUGAUAGUGAGAAGAAUAUGAUCUCCAAACUGAAGACUGAGUGCGGUAGUCAGUUCACCUCGAAACUUGAAGGCAUGUUCAAGGACAUGACCGUAUCCAACACUAUCAUGGAAGAAUUUAAGGAGCAUGUGCUGUCAACCGGGACCAAUCUUCAUGGGGUGGAUCUAUCGGUGCGCGUACUCACUACUGGUUUGUGGCCAACCCAGAGCGUCACGCCCAAGUGUAACAUACCCACAGCACCCAGGAAUGCUUUUGAUGUAUUCAGGAGUUUCUAUCUAGCGAAGCAUUCGGGGCGCCAACUGUCGUUGCAGCCGCAGCUCGGCAACGUGGACCUGCAUGCAACAUUCCGCGGCGCUGCGGGCGGCGCGGGCGGCGCAUCCGCGUCGCCGCCACGCUCUCCUCACUCGCCGCCCGCCGCCGCCGCCGCUGCCGCCGCCGCCGCGCCACGCCGCCAUAUCAUACAGGUCUCGCCCUUCCAGAUGUGCGUGCUGCUGCUUUUCAACAAGCGCGAACGACUCACGUACGAGGAAAUACUCAACGAGACUGAUAUCCCGGAGAAGGACCUAGUCCGCGCCUUACAGUCGCUAGCAAUGGGAAAACCUACGCAGAGAGUACUCAUAAAACAUCCCAAGACCAAGGAAAUAGAACCAUCUCAUCAAUUCUAUGUAAAUGACGCCUUCACAUCUAAACUAUACAGAGUGAAGAUCCAAACAGUAGCCGCUAAAGGUGAAUCAGAGCCAGAACGACGAGAAACACGCAACAAAGUGGACGAGGAUCGUAAGCAUGAGAUCGAAGCCGCAAUCGUGCGCAUUAUGAAAGCCAGAAAGAAAAUGGCGCACACGCUGCUGGUGGCCGAGGUAACGGAACAACUCCGCGCGCGGUUCCUGCCGUCGCCGGUAGUUAUCAAGAAGCGCAUCGAGGGACUCAUCGAGCGCGAAUACCUCGCGCGUACGCCAGACGAUCGCAAAGUUUACACUUACGUCGCAUAGGUUCGUAGCGAGAUUACCGUGCUAAAUAGUGUCUACAUCUAAGGGUAUAAGCAGACGGAGAGACCAUCCACACCAUACUCCACAAAAUUUCAUUAUGCGAGUGUGUAAGUCCGCAACUAACAUGGGAAAUCUAUUCUCUGUGGACAAAAAUUUCUUCGUCUGCACAAACCGUAACGAGACCCACGUGGUAUAAUAAUUUGAGUAAUUUGUGAAAUUUAUUACAGUUGAUAGAAUCUCGCAUAUAACUUAAUUAGUGUUAUGUUUUGAAAAAGCCAUUUCAUAGUCAAUCAACCCAGUCCAAUAGACCAAAAAGUUCUCCCCUAUCUUAGUGAAGUUUAGAACUUCAUUGGCAAUAUCUAUAUUAAGUAUCGAAAUAUUUUUUUUAUUAAAAUUACAGUUUAAAAUUGGAAGGAAUAUAGACUUAGUAUAAAGUAUAAUUUACUUCAAAUAGAACUCCACAGCCAAAAAAAAAAAAAACAAAAUAUCCUCUUAUAUCCUGUCUUGAUGUUUACUAUCGAAAAAAUCUGAAAUAACUGACACUGAUAAACAAUGGUCAAUUUUCUUUAUAUUCCAAAAUUAAAUUACCAAAUUCAAAAUUUGAUAAAUAUUUAAAAAUGAAUCUUUAAACUCCUAUUCAAUAUUUGGUUACUCAAAAUAGAUCUUAUUUUAUACAAAUAAAAUUAGCAAUUCAUUAAACCGAAUAUUAUUAUAGUUUAUUUUUAAGUAAUAACUUGCAGCCCAAGAAUUUAGAAUACUACUAAUGACCAAAGAAUAUGUACAAAUUAUAUCAACUCUCGGUAUUAGGGCAAAACCAACUAGCAGUUGAUGAGUAGAUUUUUUAUUUCACUUUCCACCAAGAUUCUUAAAAUUGUUUUCUGUCGAAUGCAACAUUAAUGGAUGCGAACUUUGAUUUAUACCUAACUGUUAAAUAUUUUUUUCUUCAAAUCGAUUCGAUUUUCUGACUUUUAGCCUUUUAAGAAGUUUUUUACUAUGUUAUGCCAUGUACAACCAAAAGAACUACGAAACACGGGUCAAACAUUCCUUCUAUUCCUGCUUUUAUCUGAUCUUCUCCUCAUAUCCUAUUCUCUGUUUUGCUAUCUCUAUACUACUUUACGAACACCAAAACUAUUCAAAUUUUUCAAAACUUUAUUAACUUUUCUACAAAAAUUACUCCAAGAAUUUUAUUUCUCCAAAUUUUCACAAUAAAAAAAAUUUGGCCAAAAUUACAAUAUAAAUCCCCAAACUGGCAACACUAGUCAAAUGUCUUGUAAUCUUUUCGUAAUUAGUACAUAAGUUAUAUAUAAAGCUUUAUUCAGAUGUCUUUAUAAAAUUAUAUAAAAAUCCUCAGGAAUCGUUUUGAAAUAUUUUAUAUUUACUGUCACAACAUACUUAGAUGUUAUUGUUUAUAAUGAUUUUUGUUAUUAUAAUUUACAUCAAACUUGAACCUUACUAUUUAAUGUUUAAAACAUUAUAAUUAUUGCAUUUACGUAUUUAUAUAAUGUUGAUAUUUUAAACAUCCAGAACUACUUUAGCACGAAUACAUUCAUUUAACACAUAGCUUCGUUUAUUAUAAAAUUAUUAUAAGAGAGUACCUCUUAUAAGUCCUCCUUAGAAGUAAUUAUUCUAAAAUUUUACACGAAACCAAUAAUAUAAAUUAAGUAUCUUAAAUUAUCUAAAACAUUAUACAACGUGGGUCUUCCAAGAUGUAGUCACAUUGCUAAAUAUACAGCUUCAGUUGACGUCUGUAAAAUGUAUGUUAUGGAUGAAGAAGUAUAAAAUAGGAUAACACAUACAGAGAUCGAUUUUGUUAAUGUAAAAAUAUUGUAAAUAGCGGUAACUUUAAUUUCGAUUUGCGUAUGGUAGCUACUAUGUCAGUGUUUCUCAUUUCCUGAUUCGGCUAUAUUAAAAACUUCUUUUCUAA